AUGCAGAUCUGGAUCAAGGGCAUUCUGACCGCUGAGGAUGUCCUUCUCGCUCGUCAGUACGGCUGCGACGAAUGCAUCCGGGCAGUAGGAGGACAGAUCAGAGUCCAUAUCAAUGGGGGGAUCCGUACGCGCAUCGAUAUCUUCAAGGCAUUGCAUUGUGGGCGGAAGGCUGUUGGAUUGGACGGCCGACACUUUGGGGAUUGGCAGUAUUGCGACGAUGAAAAGGGAGUCAGUCGUGUGCUGGACAUCCUCUACGGCGAGCUCAAGCGCUGCAUACAGUUAACCGGAUGUGGCACUUUGGCCGACAUCUCGAUGGCGUCGAUUGGGGUGUUCAAGCCAGAUGGUCCGUUGGCGCGUCUCUAG